AUGGAGUACUUCGUGGUGCCCGCGCAGAAGGUGCCCCCGCUGCAGCACUUCAGGAAGACCGAGAAGGAGGUGAUCGGCGGGCUGUGCAGCCUGGCCAACAUCCCCCUGACCCCAGAGACGCAGAGGGACCAGGAGCGACGGAUACGCAGGGAGAUCGCUAACAGCAACGAGCGACGGCGUAUGCAGAGUAUCAAUGCGGGGUUUCAGUCCCUGAAAACUCUCAUCCCACACACGGACGGGGAGAAGCUCAGCAAGGCAGCGAUCCUUCAGCAGACGGCGGAGUACAUAUUUUCUCUGGAGCAGGAGAAGACACGGCUGCUGCAGCAGAACGCUCAGCUCAAGCGCUUCAUCCAGGAGUUCAGUGGAUCCUCCCCAAAGCGGCGGCGAGCAGAGGACAAGGAUGAAGGCAUUGGGUCGCCAGACAUCUGGGAGGACGAGAAGGCCGAGGACCUGCGCAGGGAGAUGAUCGAGCUCCGGCAGCAGCUGGACAAGGAACGCUCGGUCCGAAUGAUGCUGGAAGAGCAGGUACGCUCUUUGGAGGCCCACUUGUACCCGGAGAAGCUGAAGGUGAUUGCCCAACAGGUGCAGCUCCAGCAGCAGGAACAGGUGAGGCCACAGCAGCCAGAGGCACCUGAGCUUUGGCAGGGUGAGCGCGUGGCCUCAAGUCAGUGUCUUUCUCCUCGCCAGCUCCUGCCUGCGCAUGGCCCCCCGGCACCCACCCAGCACCCAACAGUGAUUGUUCCUGCACCGCCUCCGCCUUCGCAUCAUGUCACCGUGGUAACCAUGGGCCCCUCCUCAGUGAUCAACACUAUCUCUACGUCCAGGCAGAACCUGGACACGAUUGUUCAGGCGAUCCAGCACAUCGAGGGGACUCGGGAAAAGCAGCUGCUGGAGGAGGAAGAGCAGCGCCGGGGUGCAGUCAUUGUGACCCCUGCCCGGAACAGCCUGGACCCCUCGAACUCGGACACGGCCUCUGACCUGGAGGCGGAAGACGACGAUUCCAUGGAACACAGCAAGGCCGGGAUGCCCUGA